ACAGAAGAUAGUAAGUUGUGAAGUACCGAUUUGUGGCUCUAUGAUCUUGUUAACCUAAACUUUGGUAAUUUUUUCAGUUGUGCAGAAGAAAGUGAGAGUUGUGACACCUGGUGUUUGAGGCAACUGCACUUUCUAAGUAUUGCAUCGGAAGAUAAUUCCAUUUGCAUCCCCUACUCAUCUAGAGGGCAGAGGCCUAGCUCAUUCAGUCAAUGGGGGAAGACUUUCUGUAACCACAUGGUGCUUUUUACAGGGGCCAUUAUUAACAGUACUGUUUCUCUCCCCCUUUUUUUAUGGCUCAUGGCAUUCUUUUCUAAACUUGAUGUAUCCUCUUUAUCUUUAAUAUCAUAAUCCAUUGGAUAGCUUUUUAAUUUCCAGAUUAUUUUACCUCUUAAUUUUAUCGUUCAGAUUAUGAGUUUUACUUUCUUACCUAUCAUAUAUUGGAAGUAUUCUGGAUGUCUGUUAAAGAACUUUAUAGUAUUUCAUUACACAUCCGUUAAGGAUGUUGAUAAUCUCUUAACACUCAAAACCUAGUUUAGCCAGUUAAUUUAAUAUUCAACAGUUCUCUUCUUCUGCUAAGUUAUCUUUUAAAUUACCAAGUGCUGAGCCGAAAUCUCCAACUAAAUAGAUGUUCCCCUCAAGUCCCCUCUGCCUUCUCUGUACAGAUGUUGAAGGGUGGUCUGGAUUGAUAUGGAACUUUGUUCCAGCAGUGCUCAUCUGUUCAUAAUACAGAGAUUGCACAGAGCUCAUCCCCACAGGUGACCCUUUUUCAUGUUUUCCAGGACUAGUAACUAUUUGUAAUUUCAUAUAGGUUUUCUGGAAAAGAGGAAUUAAAUGCUUGGGUUUGGUUAAACCCAUGAAAGAGAAGCUUCUCUUGUUCAGGAAUAUGAACAGUAAUCUGGAAUUAGGAUAAGCCCUUUGUACUUAAACCUGUCCAGACCACCUUUUCAGAAUUUACUAACACACAGUUCUGCUCACUCUACUCAGAUUUCUUAAGGCUAACUUGGUCAAAUUACUCCCCUUUGGAGUGCACCCACCUGUAACGUGAGAUGAUAGGCCAAGAAUUCUGAACCUGGGCUAAUAAGAUCCCUGAAAUGAUUUUCAGAAUUGGGUGUGUGUUUGUCUUUGGCCAUUUUCUAGGAGAGGGUGUGCAGUUAUCAUUAGAGUUUACAGUGUGGGCUAGUUCCAAAAAUAAUGAAAACCACUAAGAAAGAGGCAGGAGCAUAGUCUUAGAGACAGGGAUAUGCCUCUGUCAGCUCCAUCCUCUCUGUGUAUCCUGGCUAAAUCUUAAACAUUUGAUCAUGUCAUCUUUUGACAUUAAACCCUCUUACAGGCUUCCCAUCACCAUCAAGACAAAGAUCUAAACUCUCAGUAUGGCUACCAGGGAGCUCUGGAGCUGGGGUGACCCUUCAGAGUUAUUCCAAAUUGAUGGCAUGGACAGGCUUCUGUAUCCUGCAUCAACCAUUCCUUGGAUGCUGGCUGCCUAGGGAGGAGCCAAGAACUUGAAUGAAACAAUUCCUUUUGGUCAAGUGCCGGGAUAACGUAGACUGUGGAGUGUGUUGGUUUCAGCAGCGGGGAGGGCUUUCUGAAGGAAUGGGUGAAAAAUGCACCUGUUGGACUCCAUAUAAGACUUUAUUGUCCCUGCAUCCCUCCUUUUGCAAUGGGCAGCAAAGAACUCUUUCUCCCACAGUGAGGUUCUCUCUAUGUAUUGUGGCAGAGGAAGGGGUUAUGUUGAUUCUAAACAUUAAACAACAUACCUUUUGCCACACAGUAUAACCUUACCUGAGAAAGAAGACCUGAAGAGGGAAAAAAGGAGGAAUGGCUCUUUUCCAGGGACGGUUGACAUUCAGGGAUGUAGCCAUAGACUUCUCUCAGGAGGAGUGGGAAUGCCUGGACCCUGCUCAGAGGGUCUUGUACAGGGAUGUGAUGUUGGAGAACUACAGGAACCUGGUCUCCCUGGGUGAGGAUAACUUCCCUCCAGAAGUUGGGAGUUCUGCUGGAUUUGCAAUCAAGGAAUUAUCACCAAUACAGGACAUUAAUAAAGGAGAAUUUUACCACUUAGUGAUAUUGGAGAGAAAUGAAAGUCCUGACAUCAAGGAUUUUGAUCUCAAGGAAGUCUGGGAAAAUAGGCAUGAGUUUGAAAAUCACUGGGGAUAUGAUGCAAGAAAUUACAAAGAAGUGCCUUUGACCCAUAACAAAAAUGUCACAUGGAGAAAAGAUCAAAAACUUAAUCAGCCCUCAGUUACUCUUCCUCAAAAGCAGUGUGCUUCUGUAAGAAAUAAUACAUACCUGUAUUUCAUGGAUUAUGAGCCAUUUGUAAGGAAUGUAUUAAAAAUGGACAAUAAUAGAAGUGGUGCUGGAAACCAGUACAUAGACUGCUUGGAAAAUAGAAUUGGAUUAAGUUUACAGGCACACCUGGCUGAACUGCAGACAUUUCAUAGUGAGGAGAAAAUGUAUGAAUGUAAUCCAACUGAGAAGUCUGUCAGCAAUGGUUCCUCAGUCUCACCACUUGAAAGAAUUCCUCCCAGGACCCAAAACAUUUGGAAUAAGUCUAGGAAGAUUUUUAAAUAUCGUUUGUUACCUGCACAAGACAGGAAAGCACACACUAGAGGAAAAUCUUACAAAUGUAAUGAAUGUGGGAAGGCUUUUAGCAAAAGCUCAAACCUCAUGAGUCAUGAAAGAAUUCAUUCUGGACAGAGACCUUAUAAAUGUAAUGACUGUGGCAAAGCCUUUACAGAGCACUCACAUCUUACUCAACAUAAGAAAAUCCAUACUGGAGAGAAACCUUAUAAAUGUGACGAGUGUGGCAAAGCGUUUAACCAAUGUUCGAACCUCACUAGGCAUCAGAGAAUCCAUACAGGAGAGAAACCAUAUAAAUGUAACAUAUGUGGCAAGGUCUGUAGUCAAAAUUCAAACCUUGCAAAUCAUCAGAGAAUGCAUACUGGGGAGAAACCUUACAAAUGUAAUGAAUGUGGUAAGGCUUUUAUCCAACGUUCACACCUUUGGAGUCAUGAGAGAAUUCAUACUGGGGAGAAACCUUACAAAUGUAAUGAAUGCAGCAAAGCCUUUGCUGAGCGUUCAAGCCUUACUCAACAUAAAAAAAUCCAUACUGGAGAGAAACCUUACAAAUGUAAUGAGUGUGGCAAAGCUUUUAAACAGUGCUCUCACCUCAUUAGACAUCAGAAUACACAUCCUGGAGAGAAGCCACACAAAUGUGAUGUAUGUGGCAAGGCUUUUAUCCAGAGUUCUAGCCUUGUAGAACAUCAGAGGAUUCAUACAGGAGAAAAACCGUAUAAAUGUAAUAAAUGUGAUAAAGCUUUUAUCAGACGUUCACACCUCUGGGGUCAUGAACGAACUCAUACUGGAGAGAAACCUUACAAAUGUAGUGAGUGUGGCAAAGCCUUUGCUGAGCGCUCAAAUCUUACUCAGCAUAGAAAAAUCCAUACUGGAGAGAAACCUUAUAAAUGUAAUGAGUGUGGCAAAGCGUUUACCCAAUUUGCAAACCUUACUAGGCAUCAGAAAAUACACACUGGAGAGAAACCACACAAAUGUAAUGUGUGUGGCAAGGCUUUUAUCCAAAGUUCAAGCCUUAUGGAACAUCAGAGAAUUCAUACAGGAGAAAAACCUUAUAGAUGUAAUAAAUGUGAUAAGGCUUUUAUCAAACGUUCACACCUUUGGGGUCAUGAGAGAACUCAUACUGGAGAGAAACCAUACAAAUGUAUUGAGUGUGGCAAAGCAUUUACGGAGCGUUCACAUCUUACUCAGCAUAAGAAAAUCCAUACCGGGGAGAAACCUUAUAAGUGUAAUGAGUGUGACAAAGCUUUUACCCAAUUUGCAAAACUUACCAGGCAUCAGAAAAUCCAUAAUGAAAAGAAACAGUAUAAACCUAAUAUGUGUUGCAGUGCUUUUAUUCAAAGCUCAAGCUUUGGAGAUCAUCAAAGAACUCAUAGGAGAAAGAAACCUUGCAAAUAAUAUGAGCAAGUAUUCAACACUUACUUAACAUCAGAGAUUCCAUCAUGGAGAGGAACCAUAUGAAACUAACAUAUUUGGGAAAGCUAGUAACCAGGGUUCACACUUCACCUGAUAUCAGAAUACAAAUCUCUGAAAGGAAGCACACUGAAGAAAUGUAUGGCAAGUCUUAUCCAAAGCUUGUUACACCUUGUGGAACAUAAAUUUUACCAGAGAAUUCUUACAAAUGUAAUGAGUGUGGUCAGGUUUAUAAAAAAUGUAUAAAUUGGGGAGGGGGGUAAAAUAGAUGAAUGGGAUUAAGAGGUACUGACUUGCAGUUAUAAAAAAAAAUGUACAACUCUGCUUUGUGGUCUUGAAAGCAUUCACAUAACAUGGAAGCCAUACAAAUAUGUCAAGGUCUUUACCUCAGGAAGCACCUAAGAAUUUAUCCUGGACAGAAACAUUACACAUGUAAUGAAGGCGAUAAUUUCUUUAGCCAGUUCUCUCAGUAGAUUGCAAUUAAAGAAUUCACACUAGAGGGAACUAGGUCUGUUUUGAGGAUUAACUAUUCUUAAGUAUUAAAUUCCACAGAAAAUUAAAAUUAUUUAAAACUCAUGAGAUAAUGUAUGUCAACGGAACAAGUAGAUCUGUGGAAAGACCUAAUCAUCUUCUGUUUAGAUAUUUUGUAAAGAUUUUAUUUACCUCUCUACACCUAACGUGGGGCUCAAAGUCACAAUCCUGAGAGCAAGAGUCAUGCUUUUCCGACUGAGCCAGCCAGGAACCUCUAUGAUGUUUUUCACUCAGUUAUUUAAGGUUUCUUGAUGCUACAUUAUUAUUGAUGACUUACAACCUCAAGUUUGGAAUCCACUGAUGUUAUACUUUCAUUACAUGUGUUUCAUUUGUCAACCAUCGUGGUGGUCUCAGAGAAAGUAUGAAAGGAACCUCUUUUAUUAGGUGGGGCUUAGUCAUACCUAUAUACCCUGGAAAAACUAGGAUGCUGGUUUUAAGAUGUAGAAUAGUAUAUAUUUUGGAGCAUAAGGAGUGACCAGGAAUAAAUCUAAAAGCUAUUAGGUAAAUUACCAUGUUUUCUAUGGUCACAGCCCCUUCUCUGGAUUUGUUGGUAUGAUUGAGAGCCUUGGUUGAUAACUAUAUGAAAGGGUUAUGCUAUCAAAUAUGUGAUCGUGAAACACUAGACUGAGACAUUGAGACAAUGAUAUUUUCAUGUGGGAAUGAGGGGUUAUUAAGGAUGGUAUUUAUGUUAGAGAAAAUGGAGGGGGAAUGAUGGUCUCUCCCUCUUUUGAAACGUAAUAGCUAUUAUAUAUCAUGGAUGAGUAAAAAUUAGUCUUAAUUUUGGAAACUGAAGAGAAAGUUCUAGAGGACAUUUAAAUCAAAAGAACCAAAGUAGGAGCACAUAGGUGGAUCAGUAUGUUUAGUAUCUGCCUCAAUUUCUGCUCAGGGUCAUGGGAUCAACCUCUAUGUUGGGCUUUCCUCUUGAGUGUAGAAUCUGCUUACAAUUUUCUCUCUCUGUCCCUCUUGCCUACUCAUGCUCUUUCUAAAAAAUAAUAAGUAAAUAAAUAACCCAAAAGAGUAUGCUUGUGAAAGACCCAAAUUUGGCCACUUAAAAUGCAUUUUCAUACCAUUUUAUUUAGGGUACCCUAUUUCCCAUAUCUAAGUCAGUAAAAUAUAAGCUUUUAUGUAACCCUGAA